AUGUCGUUCAAUAAACAGGCAUCGAAUGCAGUUGAUACUACGUAUUCUAACUUUAAGAGCAAUAUUAUGAAGAGACAGACAGCUGAGAUGCCUGUGGCUAGUAGCCCAAUAACCACGAGGGGGCAGCAGGUCUCCACUGGAAAUUGCGCAGCUCACUCUUUCGGGGAGGAUCAUUCUCUUAAUGAUCGGACGGAUGCUUCUGGAUCAGAGCUGGAGAGAUCACAGGAGAAAGUGACCAUGAUUCUUGGAUGCCCCAGUGAGCAGUUUUGGAAGACCUGUGCAGCAACAAAUAUCAGAAGAAAUGAUAUUGCUUUAAGGUGUUGGGAGUCAUCGAACUUUGAGUGGAGAAACUGGCAGGGAAAUGUUGCUCUGAAAAGUCAGAGAUGUCAGCUGCCAUCAGCCCUGAAGGAUCUCUGGAAUGUCACUGGGGAAAUGCAGAUGUGUGAGAGACCCAAGUGCCUUUGGAAAGGCUGCCGGAAUAGAAUUCAUAGAGAGGAGUCUGUGCAUCAUCAAAGUUUCAGUGACAAGAAACAUCUUGUACUCCAGCCAGAGGCGAAGAUUCAUCUUACUGGCCUACGAGAUGACUACUAUCUAAACAUCCUUGACUGGAAUUCUGAAGGUCUCCUUGCUCUUGCCCUUGGGUCUGCUGUACACAUCUGGAAUGGGGAAAGCCAUAAAAGGAUGGGGAGCAUAGACCUGAGUCCCUGGUCCAACUAUGUCUCAUCAGUUUCCUGGAUAAAGGAGGAAGCCUGUCUGGCCAUUGGCACCAGUGAGGGAGAAAUACAAUUAUGGGAUGUGGUGACUAACAAGAAGCUGAGAAAUAUUGUUGGUCAUAUUUCAGUAGUUGGGGCUUUGAGCUGGAAUCACCCUGUCCUCAGCAGUGGUUCAAGACUGGGCCAUAUUCAUCAUUAUGAUGUUCGUGUGGCUCAGCGCCAUAUUGGAACACUUUGCCAUAAGCGAGCUAUAUGUGCCCUAAAGUGGUCACCAAGCGGUAAGCUGCUUUCCAGUGGAUGUAUUGAUGGGCUAUUGAAUAUAUGGCCCUAUGAUCCUGGUGCCAAAUCCUGUCAACCACUAAAAGUCCUGCAUCAUUCUACAGCAGUGAAGGCUAUGAACUGGUGUCCUUGGCAGUCUGAAAUCCUUGCUGUCAGAGGAGGCAUGAAAGACGGACAUUUACACGUCUGGGAUAUAAACACCGAGAGCAGCAUCCAGACUCCAUGUACCAAAUCACAGAUUUGUUCCCUGAUCUGGUUACCUAACACAAAAGAGAUUGCAACUGGCCAUGGUAUUCCUAAACAUGACGUUACUCUAUGGAGCUAUCCUCUCCUGACCCAGUCUGGUGGAUUUUUCGGCCACAGAGGCAGAGUAUUGCACCUGGCCUUGAGUCCAGAUCAAAGCAAGAUUUUUUCAGUUGCGGCUGAUAAAACAGCCUAUGUCUGGAAAUGCUGUUAA